AUGGAUGCGACAAUUACGGGUAUCACACCAAGAGUUGCAAUCGUCAUCAAGAGUGUCUCGGCAAGUGGAGCAAUCAAUGAUAAAGUUGCAGCAGUCAUCAUUAGAAUAUUAGCAAGUGCAGCAAUCGGCAGUGGGAACCAAUCAUCCUUACAACAGUUAACGGCGUUCCAUAAGCAGGUGAUGCCGAUCAAACUGAAGACGAUGCCAAUCAAAGAGUUCCACGAGUCAAUGGAACAGUUUAGAAACAGAUGGUUUGUAGCAAUGGGGUUGACCGACAAAUGGUGCCAAGUAGAUCUUUUCAGAGUUUGUCUCAGUUGGAACAAGUAUUUACAUUCGCAUCACCAACAAUACUCAGAUUCUAGACAAAUCUACCUGACUGAUGAUUCCACAGUUGCACAGUAUGUUCAAGACAAAUGGUUGGUUGACAAGAAGCAGAUUUGUGUAGGUACCAGUUAUUGUGAUGCCGGUCGAAGCGGCGAUGGGUUCCAAAGAAUUCAUAAAUGGGAUCAACAAUCCAGAAUGUUGUUACUGACUGAUAAAGGGCUGACUAAUUCCGAUGGCUGCUAUUCUCAAGAAAUUUAUUUGAUGCCCAGUGGGCAAGUUGAGGAUGAUAAAUCUUGCUUAUUGGACACUCAAGACCUGCAGUUUGAGCGGACUAAAUUAGCAGGCUACAAUGAUACACAUCAACUUGGUGUUGUUUGUUCCACGAAUCCUUACACACUCAGUUUAGAAGAUUGGGUUGACCUACAAAGCGGAUAUGUCAAGUUUACAAGCAGUGAGGGGAUAGACGAGGAAAUUGAUUGCAGAGACCGAUAUAAUGCAAAACCUCAAGACCAUGGUGAUAACAGCUUUACAGACCAUUUGACGAAAUUAUGGGUCAUCGAUGUCAAGGCCAUUUGA